GCUCUGAGUAGCAGCACUAGCGGUAAGGUACCUACGGUUCCCCAGUGUGCCGCUGUGGGACGCACUCCCAAGUGCUACUUCUGUUCCCAUAUUUUCUCCGCCCCCUGCCCACGCUUAAUUAUCUCCUCUAGCUCUCCCCCACCGCCUUCCUUUCUUGUGUUUGGUGGGCAGCGAAGUGGGCGGCAGGAAAGCCUGGCUUAGCCCUGCGCGCCCUGCGGCUAUCUUGCAGAGCGCGGUGGAAGCGAAUCGCUGGAGGGUCCGCGAUGCCGGAGAAUGGCUCUUUUGUCAACUGCUGCGAGGCGGGCGGGCUGGCAGUGCGCCCGGGAUGGUCCAGGACUGGUGGUGCGCUGCCCUCCGGGACACCCCGGCCUCCCUGGGUAGCUCCUGCGCUAUCCACCGUGCUCAUUGUCACCACCGCGGUGGACGUAGUGGGCAACCUUCUGGUCAUCCUCUCGGUGCUCAGGAACCGCAAGCUCCGGAACGCAGGUAAUUUGUUCUUGGUGAGUCUGGCGUUGGCUGACCUGGUUGUGGCCCUGUACCCCUACCCGCUGAUCCUGAUGGCCAUCUUCUAUGAUGGCUGGGCACUGGGAGAGGCGCACUGCAAGGCCAGCGCUUUUGUAAUGGGCCUGAGCGUCAUUGGUUCUGUCUUCAACAUCACCGCCAUUGCCAUUAACCGCUAUUGUUACAUUUGCCACAGCAUAGCCUACCACCGGUUCUGCAGGCGCUGGCAUGCUCCAAUCUACAUUGUCCUAGUCUGGCUCCUCACCCUGGUAGCCUUAGUGCCGAACUUUUUUGUGGGGUCCCUGAAGUACGACUCACGUAUCUACUCCUGCACCUUCAUCCAGACGGCCAGUGCCCAGUACACAGCAGCAGUGGUGGUCAUCCAUUUCCUCCUCCCCAUUUCGGUGGUGGCCUUCUGUUACCUGCGUAUCUGGGUGCUGGUGCUUCAGGCCCGCAGGAAGGUCAAGUCAGAGAGCAAACUGCGCUUGAGGCCCAGCGACAUGCGGAGCUUUCUGACCAUGUUUGCAGUGUUUGUGAUCUUUGCCGUCUGCUGGGGCCCCCUUAACUGCAUCGGCCUCGCUGUGGCCAUCAACCCUGAAGAAGUGGCUCCCCAGGUCCCCGAGGGGCUCUUUGUCACUAGUUACUUCCUGGCUUAUUUCAAUAGCUGCCUGAAUGCCAUUAUCUAUGGGCUCCUGAACCAGAACUUUCGCAGGGAAUACAAGAGGAUCAUCUCAGCCCUCUGGAACCCACGGCGCUGCUUUCAGGAUGCUUCCAAAGGCAGCCAUGAGGAACAACUGCAGAAUCAAGCUCCACGUGUUGGUAAUGCCCAGCACUUUGCCCGGGCAGAUGCUCUCUAGCCUAGAUCUGAGGCACACUGGUUGGGCGAUAAAUCCAUGAAAUCAUGGGUUUGAAUUUGCAGCAAGGUUAAAAUCAGACAUCCUGCUGUGCCACACCAUCCUCUUUGCAUCCACAGCCCACAACUUGUGGAACUCCAUGCUACAGACAAGGAGCUCAUCAGCUGCAUUGGUUCAGGAUGACCAGGGGAUAGCCACAGGUACUGGAUCUGGCUGACACUUUCUGUAGUGUGCUGGGGGCUUGGCACAGACAAGACCAAGGAAAGGGCCUGGGCCAGAAAAGCCAGUUCCUUCACAUGGAUUGCCCCUUAUCCUCCUGCUGAGAACCUAGUCACUUCCUUCUUCCCAUCGCCUGAGGGAUAGAAAGAACAUAUCUUUUUGUGGAUGCUGGAGUGAAAGAGCAAGAUCAGAUCGGUAGCGCUGGAAGGUUUUUGGUGAUGAACCAGGAACCAAGAGAAGGGCAGUGGGGAAGCCCAGGACAUCAGGUGAAGCGCACACACAGGGGGACGGCCUCACACUGUGGGUCUUGAUUUUAAAUAAAGACAGUUUUGCAAAAAUGAUGCAGGGAUUCUGUUCAUCUUCCACCUUGUUGACUCUGGGCAGUCUUGGUUAAAAGGUCCUUCUGGGACUUU